GCCUAGUGGCUGCCGGGAUCUCGCGAUAAAGGCCUAUUGUCUCGCGCGAGCGUGUCUCCAGACGGCUUUGGGGCUGCUUUGGUCGGGCGAGAGGACUUGCAUGUGUCGCUUCAGCUGGCGGGAGCGGAGGCGGCGGGGGCUGUGCGACCGGCUGGGUUUAUGAGAUGGCUACUGACAUUUCUGAAUCCAGUGGGACUGAUUGCAAAGGCGAUACGAGGAACAGUGCCAAGUUAGAUUCCGAUUACCCUCUUCGAGUCCUUUAUUGUGGAGUUUGUUCAUUACCAACAGAGUACUGUGAAUAUAUGCCUGAUGUUGCUAAGUGUAGACAAUGGCUAGAGAAAAAUUUUCCAAAUGAAUUUGCAAAACUGACUGUAGAAAAUUCACCCAAACAAGAAGCUGGCAUUAGUGAAGGUCAAGGGACAGUAGGGGAAGAGGAGGAGAAGAAAAAACAAAAGAGAGGGGGAAGAGGUCAAAUAAAACAGAAGAAGAAGACAGUACCACAGAAGGUCACAAUAGCCAAAAUUCCUAGAGCGAAGAAGAAAUACGUGACAAGAGUGUGUGGCCUUGCAACAUUUGAAAUUGAUCUCAAAGAAGCACAAAGAUUUUUUGCUCAAAAAUUCUCCUGCGGUGCCUCAGUAACAGGGGAGGAUGAGAUCAUCAUUCAGGGAGACUUCACAGAUGACAUAAUUGAUGUCAUUCAGGAAAAGUGGCCAGAGGUGGAUGAUGACAGCAUCGAAGACCUUGGAGAAGUGAAGAAGUGAUUCUGGAGUCAUGUGUGUCUGAGCUGACCUGAGAGUUGACACGGCCUUUCAGAAAUAUAUACAUAUGUAUAUAUGUGUACAUAUGUGUCCUACAGUAAAACUGUAGACUCCUCAUCUUUGGCGUUCUCGUUCUGUACAAGGCUGCUUGGUUUGUUUAUGGUUUUUGUUUUUUUGUUUUGUUUUGUUUUUUAAUUGCCAAAGUCUGAUAGAGAGAGAGAGAGAGAGACUGUCAUGCUUAUGCAUGAAUCUGAAUUUAGUCAAAUAAAACAUUUUGGUUAUUUGGUACUGAA